UCUGUUAGUGUUUAUAAUCAGAUUUCAAAAGAUUUCCGAUUUAUGAUUUAGCUAUUAGUGUUACUGUACUUGAGUGAUUAAAUAUAAUUUGUAUAGACAGUCUUUCUUUUGGAAAAACAACGGUAAAAAACUACCUUCUUUUCAAACUACAAACAUGUGUAUAAUAAUGUAUUGUAUUUAUUAAUGAGUCUAGAAUGCUGGAGGAUUCGUGUUCUGAUUGUAAAUUAGAAAUAAUAGAACGCAAAUGGACCGAGUUACUAUUGAAAUGGCUCAACACAUGCAUAAGACCGAACGAUUUGAGAAGAUUUAAUCUUAACAUCCUGGCGGAAGUUAUGAAUAAAUACAAAGACGAUAUAUGUGUGGACGAGUGGGACAUUGCUGUCAUAAACACAGAAGACGUUGAGUCGUUUAUUCAACUUAAAUUUCCUAUAUUACGACUGAGAAAUUUAUGCGAAGUAAAAGAUUAUCCAAAGAAGUUGUACAUAAUGACGUCCAUGCUUCUAUACUUCUGUUGUAUGAAUUCGAGAACCGGUGCAGUGGACGUCGACAUCUGUAAGAAUUUGGAUAAAAACGAGCAAAUAGCAAUAUUAAAAUUUUGCGAAACAUUAUCUGAGAUGGAAGCAACUAUUUACAAUGUUGAGUGUGCUAUUAAAGCUGCCUUGAGCUAUCAAAACGAAAACCCAGACAAUCAAGGCACGGAGACAUCAUCAGAUUCAUCAAAGCAGUUCUCAUCGUUUAUUUCGGAUCCCCAAGAGGUGAAGCGAACACCGAUCUUGCAGUUUAAAUCAUCAAUAACAGUUCUUCCGUCGGUUGUGACCGAAGCAUCGCUGUCGACGUUUGAUGAUUGCUCGGAGAGUUUUGACUUCAAGAACUCGUUUGGAAGAGAGCCUACCAUCUCAUACUCCAAAGAUAUCAAAAUGGAAGCCCAUUAUAAACAAAACGAGGAUUCCAUUGAAUCCAACCAAAUAUAUUCCAUCACAACGGAACCAGUGACUAAGCAAGCGGGCCAGGAUCCUAAGGAAUCAGAUCACAGCUGUCAACCAGACUGCUCGUGCACCAAAUGCACUAACCAAGGCCCGUCUUGUGGAGAUCCUGGAUGUACCAAGGAACUCUGUGACGAUAAAUCUGAUGAUUCCAAAAAAAAAGAAAAAGAGUCACGUAAGUUUAAAUGGACAGUUUACGCAUUCCUUUGUUCUUCUGUGUUUCUCAUACUUAUAGUAAUCCUUGCUACAAUACCGAUUUGGUUCAGAGAAAAAUCAACAAAGCUAAGGGUUCAAAAAUAUUCCGAGGAAGAAAGCGAAAUGUUGCCCGAAUGGGCUUGGCAAUGUCGCAAAAAUUUUUGCCAUAAAGUUUUCCGUCCUGCAACACUCCUACGCCACUAUACAUCUUUCAGUAGGUGUACUUUGUUAUGCAUGGGUCCACAGCUCUGGCCCUACCCUAUUGGCUACACACAUUUUAGUAAAACUAUCGUAUCAGUAUCCACAAAAAACUUGGAAUAUAAAUUUCAAUCCGUACCAUCAGACAGCGUUCAUUUAUACCUAGCAGAGGCUUUUAAGCUGUUCAUAAAAGAUUUGGCAAGAUUAGAAAAACUACAAACAAAACCGACUAAUCAUAGUAAGGCCACAGUGAAAAAAAUGGUAAUACUUAUAGAUGUAGAAAGUGAUUCUGAUCCACGGCUUCGUAUAAAUACCGACGAGGGAUAUAUGUUGAAGGUAGAAACUAAAAAUAAUCAAGUUAUUAUAAAAGUAAGUGGACUAUCAUUUUGUGGAGCUCGUCACGGGUUUGAAACCCUAAGUCAGUUGAUCUUGUUAGAUCAAAGCACGGGUUACCUUAUCAUGCUAUCCAGUGCGAUAAUAAAGGAUGCCCCAACUUACAAAUACAGAGGAUUGAUGGUUGACACGGGAAGAAAUUAUAUACCUGUUGUGGACUUAUUAAGAACUGUUGAUGCAAUGGCUACCUGUAAAUUGAACACAUUUCACUGGAGAAUAUCUGACGCUACAAGCUUUCCAAUGAGCUUAUCAAAAAUACCAGAAUUAGAGGAAUAUGGACCCUAUGAUAGAUCAAUGGUGUAUACAAAAAAAGAUAUCAGGAUGAUUGUGAAUAGAGCCGGUAUUCGUGGGAUAAGAGUUUUAAUAGAAAUAGCUGCACCAGGUCCAGUUGGAAGACCCUUUUCCUGGUUGUCCUCCACGACAUGUUCCCGAAAAAAUAACAGCCUUACAUGCGACAAUGAUCUUUGUAGGCGUCUGACUAUGCACGACUCUACAUUUGAUGUGCUUCAAAAAAUAUAUUCUGAAAUCCUUGAAAUGACGAACGUCGAUGACGUCUUCCAUUUGAGUGAUAGCGUGUUUUCGAUGACCAAUUGUUAUUAUUUAUUCGACGAUCGCGAGGGAUUUUUAGAUAAAGCUCUAUUCCGUCUGAAGAUGGCUAAUAAAGGAUUUCUGCCACAACUGCCAAUUAUUUGGUACACGUCACAUUUAAUGAAACAUUUUGAAGCUAAAACUUGGGAGAGAUUAGGAGUGCAAAUCGAUGAAUGGGAUGCAAACCCUUAUGAGUCAUAUUUAAAUAAAUUUAGGGUUAUACAUUCUACCAAGUGGGAUUUGUCUUGUGAAAUGAGAAAGCAGAGAUGCAUAAGAUACAGAACCUGGCAACAAAUGUAUUUAUGGAAAUCUUGGAGAAAUGUUAAUGUGUUUACUACAGAGGGAGGAGAAUCUAUUUUAUGGACAGACUUGGUUGAUUCAAGUAACCUUGAUUACCAUCUAUGGCCUCGUGCUGCAGUUGUUGCAGAACGUUUGUGGUCAGAUGUGGUGGCCAAUGGAAGUGCCAACAAAUAUGUUUACAUGAGGCUAGAUACCCAUAGAUGGAGAAUGAUGCAACGUGGAAUCCAGGUGCAACCGAUUUGGCCACCUUGGUGCAGUUUCAGCCCUAGCUCAUGCCUUGAGAGAGUGCAUUAAAUUCGUUUGAGUGAUCUAUUUUUUACUUCAAUUUUUUUUGCACGUUUUUGUUUCAUUUAUACGAACCUGUACCGUUUCGCUUUAGCGAAAAAAUAUGGCAUC